AUGCUCCUAUCUAAAUUAGUUUUCAAUACAGUUUACUCAAAUAACAACAAAUGGGAGCAUACUAUUAAUCGUGUGGUCAGCGCCGUUGUCUCCAUCCAAUUCUCGCAUGUCACUCCAUUUGACACAGAAACUACUCUUGUGAGCGAAGCUUCAGGGUUUGUAGUUGACGCGGAAAGAGGGUUGAUUUUAACGAAUAGACACGUUGUGGGGCCUGGUCCUUUUACAGGUUACGUUGUUUUCGAUAACCACGAGUCUGUUGAUGUAAAGCCAAUUUAUAGAGAUCCUAUACAUGAUUUUGGUUUUUUACAGUUUGACACUCGGGGUGUAAGGUAUUUGAAGUUAACGAAACUUGAUUUGGAGCCGCAACUAGCCAAAGUUGGUACUGAGAUCAGAGUUGUGGGGAACGAUAAUGGGGAAAAGUUGUCGAUUCUUGCGGGUAUUAUAUCGAGGAUAGAUAGGAAUGCGCCUAAUUACGGAGAACUCGAAUAUAGUGAUUUUAACACGGAGUACAUUCAAGCAGCGGCAUCGGCCUCAGGAGGCUCAUCGGGCUCCCCUGUGAUCAAUAAAGACGGAAAGUGUGUUGCUUUACAAGCGGGUGGUGCUACAAAUGCUUCAACCGACUUUUUCUUACCUGUUAACAGGCCAAAAAGAGCUCUUCAAUGCAUUCAGCACGACAUGCCCAUUACUCGAGGAGACAUACAAGUUGAAUGGCAAUUAAAACCAUUUAAUGAAUGUUCUAGACUUGGAUUAAGCUCAGAAGCAGAGACCAAAGCUAGAGAGUUAUUUCCCGGUAAAAUAGGCUUAUUAGUUGCACUACUUGUCUUACCCGGCGGACCUGCCGAUGGUAUUAUCGAGGAGGGUGACACCUUGAUAUCUGUUAAUGGCGAAUAUAUUUCUACUUUUGUAAGGUUGGAUGAGAUAUUAGACGAAAACGUUGGAAAAAACUUGGACUUUGUAGUACAACGAAGUCAGUGUGAGUUGAAACAGAGUAUUAAGAUAGGCAAUCUACAUGAUAUAACACCAGAUAGGUAUGUUCAGGUUGCUGGUGCAACGUUCAAUAACCUUUCGUAUCAUGUUGCUAGUUGCUAUUGUUUACCGGUGAAGGGAGUUUACGUAUGUGAUGCCAUGGGAUCGUUUAAAUUUGCAGUUCUGGACAGAAAUGGCUACUUGUUGGACACAGUGGAUGACAAACCCGUGACCAACUUGGAUGAAUUUGUGGAAAUCAUAAAGAAACUUCCCGACCGUUCAAAAUUUCUAGUUUCUUACCGACACGUUUCCGACAUGCACGCAAAAUAUAUUCAAACUAUUCGAAAUUCACUAGGAUCGUCUCAGAACUGUGCAAAAUGGAUGCGGUCAUUUGCUGGAAUUAAAAUACUUAGUCUAGGCAAAAUCGAUUGUUAUCCUCUUCAACUGAACAAUUGCUAUGGUGUUGUUGUUGACGCAGCAAAUGGAUUUGUCUUGGUGUCGAGAAUGUAUGUGCCACACUAUAUGUGCGAUGUCAUUGUUGAGUUUGCUGAAGCUAUUGAUGUACCUGGCAAAAUUGUAUUUUUACACCCGCAUCUUAAUUAUGCAAUCAUCAAGUAUGACCCAAAGUUGGUGUUGGCAGACGUACAAUCGCCCAAAUUUUCAAAUGUUCCAUUGAAACGAGGAGACGAUGUGCUUUUUAUUGGACAUAAAUACGAUCAAAGAGUAGUUACAGAGGAGGUAAAAGUAAGUUCCGUAUCAUCAGUAAAUGCCACUGCAGACAUAACAUCGCCCUGUUAUUACGGGACCAAUUUGGAGUGUGUUUUACUCGAUAGUAAGAUUGCUCAAGAAUGUACUUCGGGUGUAUUGAUGGAUAAUGAUGGUACAUUGAGAGCAAUUUGGCUAUCAUUCUUAUCAUGUUAUAAAAUGGCGUUGGAUGUGACAGAUGUAGCAGAAGUGAUAAGUUCAUUACAAGAAAACCAAAUAUCACCAAGUAUAAGAAUGCUAAGCGCCGUUAGAUUUGAAGAGGAAGCUGAAGACUACAUUAGGUUGUUUUUUGUCAAUAGAGUGGCAGCUUCACGCAUUGGCGAAAAGCCGUAUCCUUUGAAAGUUGGGGAUGUUGUUCUUUCGGUUGACGACAAAAUAGUAACAAACAUGAGAGGGUUCCACUCUAUGUAUCAAAAGGAAUCUUUGGUUUUCAAAAUUAUACGCGAGAAGAAGGAGAUGACUUUAGAGGUUCCAACCAUAGAAACAGACACAUUGGAGACCUCGCAAGUUGUAAAUUGGUGCGGCAUGAUGCUCCAAAAGCCACAUUUUGCAGUUUGGCAAUUAAUGACAAAGAUUCCUUCCGAAGUAUUUGUCGUAGACUUGAGUGAUUGUGGGCCUUCUUACCAAUAUGAUAUUGAACCAGUUAGCUUUAUCACUCAUGUUAAUGACGAGGAGACUAUAGACUUGGAGAGUUUUAUUAAAAGAAUUCGAGAAAUACCAGACAAUACAUUUGUCAAGCUUAGAAUGGUAUCAAUUGAUAUUAUCCCUACUGCCAUUUCCUUAAAGACUAAUUAUCAUUAUUUCCCAACAACCGUUUUA